GAACCCCAGGACCAACACACACACAAAACUUCAAAGUCAUACUAAAUACCACAUAGUACACACAAGAUGGAGAGCUUGAAGACUAUCAGAUAAAAAGCAUUUAGGUAAUGGUGGGAGUGUGACCCUUUGUGGUUGGUGGGGGUUUUGUCUCCAAUGUGUUGAGCUGCUUGUGGGUAAAGUGAGCCAGCUGUAGGUGGAGCUGUUGCUUGGGGUACAGGGUGGGGUGUGAGUGUCACCUGUACCCACAGGAAGAGGACAGAGAUGAGGAGACCACUGGGGGAGGGGACACAAAUCCUUCAGCAAGAUGGAGGCCCGCUGGUUCCCACUGCUGCUGCUGCUGCUGCUUGCCUUUGGGGCACUGUGGGCAGCUGGCAGCUCACUGGAAACCAACAUCAUCGGAGGUCAUGAAGUCACCCCCCACUCCCGUCCCUACAUGGCUUCACUGCAGAAAGCCGGCACACACCUGUGCGGGGGGGUCCUCAUACACCCCAAGUGGGUGCUGACGGCAGCCCACUGUGUGACAGCACCGGUGCGGCUGCUGAGGCUGGUUCUGGGCCUUCACGACCUGCACAACCACCAGGACCCCGGCCUCACCUUCCACAUCCAGGCAGCCGUCAAGCACCCAGCCUUCAGCCCGAGCCUGGCGAAUGACCUCGUGCUGCUGAAGCUGGAUGGGAAGGUGAAACCCAGCAGGACCAUCCAGCCUCUGCCAGUGGUCAGAAGGCGCCGUGCCAUCCCAGCAGGCACGAAGUGCAGUGUGGCCGGCUGGGGAGUGACGGACUCCACAGAGCACCUAGCUCUCAGAUUGCAGGAGCUGGAUCUCCGAGUGCUGCACAUCAAGAUGUGCAACAACAGCCGCUUCUGGGACGGAGUCAUCACCCCCAACAUGAUCUGCCUGGCUGCGGACACCCAGGGCCAGGCCCCCUGCAAGGGUGACUCAGGUGGGCCCGUGGUAUGUGGCCAAGGCCAGGUGGAUGGAAUUCUCUCCUUCAGCUCCAAGACCUGCACCAAUGUCUUCAGGCCUCCCGUGGCCACUGCUGUGUCCCCCUAUGUGCCCUGGAUCAGGAAAAUCAUCCGCUGCUAGUCACCCCAGCCUCCAGCCUGACACUCAGGGUGGUGGGGACCCCCUCCUUCUCUACUCAGAUUGCAGGAGGGCCAGGCAUGGAGGGCGAGCCUAGGUGUGUCUUGGAGGGCCAAUAAAUGGUGAC